UUCAUCACCUUUUGAAACUUUGGCGCAAAGAAAAUCACAAUUUUCCCCACUAGAAAUACACAAAACAAAUUUGAAAACAAGAUAUAUAGAGAAAUGAAAUUGGUUUGGUCUCCUGACAAAGCAUCUAAAGCUUAUCUUGAUACGGUUAAAUCGUGUGAGUCGUUACAAGAAUCCAACGUAGCGGAAUUAAUCUCAGCCAUGGCUGCCGGAUGGGACGCGCAAAUGAUCGUAGAAACUUGGUCACGAGGCGGCAUUACAUCAACAAGCAUAGGUCUCUCUAACGCAAUUCACCAGACAGGUGGUAAACAUAUAUGCAUAGUCCCAAAUGAAGACUCAAAAAAUGAGUAUAAAUCAAUUAUGGAGGAAAAAACAGGAAUGUCACCGGAAAUUAUUAUUGGUGAGCCUGAAGAAACAUUGGAAAAUUUAAUUGGGAUAGAUUUUUUGGUGGUAAAUUGUGAAAAAAAUGAUUUUUCGAGGAUAUUAAAGGUGGCUAAAUUAGGAAAUAGAGGGGCAGUUUUGGUAUGUAAAAAUGUGAGUUCAAGAGUUGUAACGGAUUUUAGAUGGAAAAGUGUACUUGAUGGAAGAUCAAGAAUUGUACGGUCUGUUUUUUUGCCUGUUGGAAAAGGAUUGGAUAUUGCACACGUGGGACCCACCGGAGGAAAAAGUGGUGGGGCCCAAGGGAAGAUGGAAAGAAAAUGGAUUAGAAGAUUUGAUAGAGAAUCUGGUGAGGAGUUUGUGAUUCGAAAAUGAUUAUUUUAUUUUAUUUUACAAGUGGUGUUCGAGUCAGUUUGCGAGGAUGUCGACUAAUUCUUCAUGUACCUGCUAUCAAUGUUGCUCAGACUCUUCAGAAAUAUCAACGGGUGUGUGUCGGAUACUCCAAAAGUAUUGCAUUUUGAAGAAUCCGAAUACGGCGACAUUUUGAAAACUUCAAGCAACAUAGCCUACUACCUCCCAUCAGCACGGGUAUCGAGUAACUAUCACUCAGACUUGAACAUAUGAAAACAAAAAUCACACAGUCAAAUUCUUUUGUUUUUGUUUCUUAAAAAAUUGUUUUCAUUUUUUUUUCUUAUUAUUUUUUUCUUUUUAUGGGGCAUUUUUGGGGUUCUGUAUAUAGAUCAUUACAAAGUUGACAUUGUACUGUACAUUUGGUUUGCCAGUUGGGUUUAUACUGGUGUGAUUUUGUUGACAUUGUAUUGGACAUUGUUUGAUAGCAUUUGAAAUAAAGAGAAAAGU